CCCCGCGUAGAGUGACAAGAGGCGCCGGCCAAUGAGCACUCGGAAGCGCAGGUUGGUGGGCGGGGCCGGGGAUCCCAGGAUAAAGCUCCCAAGCCCCAUUGUUAGUGUGAUUUAAAGGGGCCGCGGACAGGCCGGGCAGGGAGAGCGGAAUUCCGGCCUUGCCCAACAGGAUAACGCGGGGGGGCUCCAGGGGAUUACGGCAGGGCCUGUGCCGGAGGUACGUGGGAUUGUGGCUGGGACGGAUAUAGCAGCGAACCCCCGGGCCGGCCAGCGACAUGGAACCUCCGGCCCCCAAGAGAAGGUGCCCGGGCCUCAGCCCCAGGUACCGACCGGACUCUCUGCUGGAUCUCAGCGCCAAGAAGGUGGCCGAGUGCUGGGCCUUCGAGCAGGUCGAGGAGCGCUUUUCAAGGGUCCCGGAACCCGUGCAGAAGCGAAUCAUAUUCUGGAGUUUCCCUCGUAGCGAGAAGGAGAUAUGUAUGUACUCGUCUCUCGGUUACCACCCUCCCGAGGGGGAGAGGGACUCCCGGGUUCCCUUUAACCGAGGGCUGCAGUUGAUGCAGUCUGGAGCUGUGCAGCGCGUGCUACAAGUGGGGUUCCAUCUCAGCGGAUCCGUGACAGAGUCAGGUGACCCCGAGCGGACGUACCAAGUGUCCAUCAGCUUCGACCGCUGCAAGAUCACGUCCGUCAGCUGCGGCUGCGAGAACAGAGACAUCUUUUACUGCGCCCACGUGGUGGCCCUGUCCUUGCACCGGAUCCGCAGGGCCCGGGGGGUGGAGCUACGCCUCCCUAUUUCAGAGACGCUGUCCCAGAUGAACAGAGACCAACUGCAGAAGUUUGUCCAGUACCUUAUUAGCGAGCACCACACCGAGGUGCUGCCCACGGCGCAGAGACUGGCCGACGAGAUCCUACAGCUGGGCUCGGAGAUAAAUAGGGUGCACGGGGCCCCAGAUCCAACCGCGGGCGCCGGGCGAGAAGAUGAGAACUGCUGGCACCUCGACGAGGAACAGAUUCAGGAACAGGUGAAGCUACUCCUGGCCAACGGCGGCUACUAUGGGGCCAGCAAACAGCUACAGUCCAUGUUCAGCAAGGUGAGGGAGAUGCUGCGGAUGAGGGAUUCCAAUGGGGCCCGUAUGCUGAUCCUAAUGACGGAGCAGUUCCUGGAGGAUCCGCGCCUGGCUCUGUGGCGCCAGCAGGGGGCAGGGAUGACGGACAAGUGCCGGCAGCUAUGGGAUGAGCUCGGUGCCCUGUGGGUGUGUGUGGUGCUGAGCCCUCACUGUCGGACAGAAGAAAGGGAAUCCUGGCUCGAGCUCCUUCGGAGAUGGAAUGCAUUGGAUAUCUGUCCUCUGGAGGAGGGGAACUAUAGCUUGGAUGGACCUGGGGCACAGACUCAACCACAGGGCUACAGUGCCAACCAAGCUCCUGUUCCACGUCAGACCGUAUUCGCUCGGGCCCUAAAGGCCGGGGAGCUUCGCUGGACAGACGCGCACCUUCAGCGGGUGCUGAGCGGAGAGACGGGUGCCCCCAGCAGCGGAGUAAAGAGCAGCACAGAUAUGCUCUCCUACGACCCCCAAGGCCGCCCGCUGUGGCUGGGAGACCACUUUCCCGUGGCCUGUGCCCGCGUUGACGCCCUGCGUUCCCAUGGAUACGCACAACAAGCGCUCAGACUCGCCGUCUGCAUUGUAAACACCAUGAGGCUGCAGCGCCAACACCAGCUGGAGAGUGUAAAGCAGCAGAGGAAAGAACUGCAGCUGAAAGGAAGCACUGCUCUCACUAACUUGGAGGGCUGGGUGGGGCACCCGCUGGAUCCCAUUGGCUGUCUCUGCCGCACCUUCCUAGAGGCCAGCCUGCCCGAGGACGAGGGACUCUCGCUAUACCCAGAUAUUGGCGGGGAGCAGAGGAAAGUGAUGUACCAGCACGUGCCCUUACCCGGUGCCACUGCCAAUGGAGAGUCCUACUUGUGCUUGGCGCUGGAGGUGGCUCUUAUGGGCCUGGGGCAGCAGCGGGCAAUGCCCGAGGGUCUCUAUGCCCAGGACAAGCUGGUGCGGAGCGAGGAACAGAUUAUCGGGCUCCUGGGCACAUUGGACAUGGGCGAGCGACUGAUACAAGUGCUGAGGAAGCAGUCCAUCUUGCUGUUAGAAGGUGGCCCCUACAGCGGCUUCGGGGAGGUGAUCUACCGCGAGAGCGUCCCUAUGCACACCUUUGCACGCUUCCUCUUCACCACGCUCCUCCCACACGACACAGACCUGGCCUAUCGGAUCGCACUGAGAGCCAUGAGGCUCCCUGUCCUGGAGUCCAUCCUCCCACCCCACGGCUCCGACAUUCUGCCUCUGGACUCUAUGUUAACUAGUCGCUUCCCUCGCUGGUUCAUCCUGGGACACCUGGAGACUCGCCAGUGUGAGCUUGCGUCUGCCAUGCUGACCACCGCCAAGGGGGACCCCAAGUGGCUUCACACCGUCCUGGCUUCCAUCCAGCAGCACAUUCACUCCCCAGCGUUGCUCUUCAAGUUGGCCCAGGAUGCCUGCAAAACCGCCACGCCCCCUAAUGCUCCCCCGGACACCACCCUACUAAAUAUCUCUCUGGAACUGGGACUGCAGGUGAUGAGAAUGACUCUGACCACCCUGACCUGGCGACGCCGAGAGAUGGUGCGAUGGCUCGUGUCCUGCGCCACCGAGAUUGGUGCCCAAGCUCUGAUCAGCAUCAUGCAGAACUGGUACACCCUCUUCACCCCCAUCGAGGCUACCACCAUAGUUGCCGUUACCUGCACAUCCCCCGCCACCCUGUUGCGCUUCAGUCCGGACCCCCGGCAACGGGAGGAGCUGUGCUCGUGCGCCCGCGCCUUGGCUUUGCAGUGCGCCAUGAAGGACCCCCAGAGCUGCGCCCUGCCCGCCCUCACCCUCUGUGAAAAGGACCACACUUCCUUUGAGGCUGCUUACCAGAUCGUAUUGGACAGUGCCAGCUCGGGCCCUGGCACCCACUCCCACCUCUUCACCGUGGCACGAUACAUGGAGCACCGAGGCCUCCCGCUACGAGCAUUUACCCUUGCCACCUUGGCACUGUCGAACCUUAGCAUCGGGUUUAGCCAGGAUACCCACCCGGCUGUCAGCGAUGUGCUGUGGGCCUGCUCAUUGGCUCACUCCUUGGGCAAGGUGGAGUUAAGCACGGUGGUACCUCUGGUGAUCAAAAGUGUGCAGUGUGCCCCUGUUCUCUCGGAUAUCCUCCGCCGGUGUAGCCUGGCACCCCCAGGACUGGCACAGGCACUCUCAUCUUCCAGUGGAGGGCGAGGUAGGGGCUCCGGAGGACGGGCAGACAAGCCGCCUCUCUGCCAGCUGCUCGAAGCGGCCGUCGGAGCCUACAUCAGCACCACGCACUCCCGCCUCACCCACAUCAGCCCGCGCCACUACGGGGAAUUCAUAGAGUUCCUGGCCAAAGCCCGCGACACAUUCCUGCUGGCGCCCGACGGGCACCGCCAGUUCUCUCAGUUCUUGGACAACUUGAAGCAGACGUACAAAGGGAAGAAGAAGCUGAUGCUGCUGGUGCGAGAGCGCUUCGGCUGAUGCCACGGGAGGAACCAUGGAUAGGGAAGCCUGAGAGAGGGCAGAGAGAACACUCACUUCCUUUAUAGAGAUUCUCUUCCAGAGGGGCAUCAAUAUCUGUUGCACCCACCCCCCCUCAAGUAUUGGACACUUAACGGACUUCCUGCUGGUAGCGGGGGCCAUAGUGGCGGACAUUGAAGUACUGAAGAAUCCCUGCAAGGAGCCUGUGGCUUUUAGUAACUUAUAUUUAUUUAUAUAAUUAUGGAUUUCGUUUUUUUAUUUCCCCUCCCUCUGCGUUGGGCAGGCCGUCCCUCCAUAUGCGCCAUGGCGGAUGGAUUUUUUUGGGGAACGGCUAUGGGCCCCACAGGGCGCGCGGACUCGGGUAUUUAUUUCUGAAGGAUUAAUCUGUAUUAACUUAUUUUUUUUUUUGUACUUUUUCUAAUAUGGUUAAUUUCAAUUGGUUCUAAUUUAAUGGGCGUCGACCGACAUCAUUCCCAAACGCUGCCCCGCCCUGGAAAAAAGGAAAAAAACAAAACAAACCGCGGGCCAGCUGCAUGGAGUUGGGACAGAUCUGGCCUGCGCGGAUUGUGAAGCAGUAUUAUUGGCGGCCGUCCUGACCAAGAGUUUGCGGGGUCGGCCCGACCAGUGGCCGGAUCGCUAUGUAUAAAUAUUGUAUAUUAAUAUAUACUUAAUAUAUAAAUGUAUAUUACCAAAAAGAAAAAAGGAAAAAAUAGUAAAAAAAAAAGAGAAAAUUCUAUAUGGAGGAAAAGCGCCGCAGCGUCGGUCUCUGCAUUGAAUGAAGUGUUCCGGAUAAGGUGGUGGUCAUAUUUCAGCUUUAUACCUCACAGUACCCCCCCCCCCCCCCCAUAAGUGUGAUCACGUUCCAAUGUAAACACUGGAAUUCUAACUCAGGAAGAUGCCGCUUUCACGUUGUCACCCCCCCAGACUAAUCCUACAUGUGUCUUCCCGCCCCACUGAACCCCCACAUUAAUUCCCUUCACGUUUCACCGCUCCCCCCACCCUCUGACCCCUCUGUCUUUCCGUAGUAAAAUGAAGGUUUUGAAAUCCCGUUUAUGAUCUGAAUGUCUCUCCGUAGGAAAUACCAUUUUCUGUGCUGCGGGGGGAGGAUUCCUAUGAUAUAUAAAUAUAUAUAUAAAAGUAUAUAUAUUUAUAUAUAUAUAUAUAUAUAUAAUGACUGAGUUCACCUGUUUUUAUUUAUUGAUCCAUCUGUCACAGUUGUUUCUUAAUGAAGAUAAGGAAAAAAAAAAAAAAACAUUUUAAUGAGAA